AAGUGGAACCACCCUAAUUGUAGAUCGCUAUUCAUUUUCUGGGGUGGCUUUUUCAUCUGCCAAAGGACUUGAUAUUGAAUGGUGUAAGAAAGCGGCUGAAAGAGGAGGCUAUGGAGGGGAGAGAUACGAGCAGCUUGAGUUUCAAAGAAAAGUUGCCCGCUCAUAUCAGAUACUCCAUGAUGCCUCAUGGAAGACCAUAGAUGCCUACCUCCCCAUUAAAGAUGUUGAGAAACAGUUACAGGAAGUGGUACUGGAUUGUGUGACGACAUGCCAAAAGGGGAAACCCCUCUCACAGCUCUGGUCAAGUUGAGAUUGAUUCCCUAUAAAGGAAUGGGAUAACUUAAAUGUUGACAAUUAAGAUUGUAAACAAUAGUUCAGUCCGGUUUAUUGUGAAGACAAAUGCUUUUGAUCCUCUCUGCCAUGUUUUUAUAACCAUAUUUAGCUUUUUUGACACAACUUAUAGAUUGGUAUAUUUGUUCAGUAUAUUUUUGUUUUUUAUUCAA